GUUCUGGGAGCAAAUCUCUCUUAUUGUCGCCACCGAGUCCAGAAGUGGUCACAGCAGAACUUUUGCAGCCGAGACCCGGGGAAUCCGAUCUGAGCCACACCCUUCCCAUCGCAGCAGCUGCUGCCUGUGGCCUAAACGGCUCUGGAGGAGGGUUGAGAGAGGAGGCGGGGUAUUUGUGGGUGCAACAGCCCUCGAGGAGGAGCAGGCGAGGCUGUUCAUACCUGCCUCGGCACCGGCACCGCACAAACCCUGUGCAAUCGGAGCCUCGUCUCGCCUCUUCCCAAAUGGCUGCUUACAAGGUCCAGGUAGCCACCGGAGACAUCCUGUUGGCUGGCACCUACAGCAGCGUCUCCAUCACUCUGGUGGGGGCUCGUGGGGAGAGCUCCAAACAUCGCCUGGACCACCAGGGCAGAGAUUUUGUCCGUGGGGCUGUGAGUACCAAGAACGAAGAAGAUCAGGGCUGGGGGGGGGGGUUAAGGUGGCAAACUGGGCGUCCUCUCAGGGCUGGGGGCAUCUCAGGUGAACGCUCCUCACUGCCCGUGGGGCGGGGUAAAUGGGCAAGUGGUUGCUUCUUGUUUUGGGGUGACAUAUGCUGUCGCUUCUAGGUCUCAACGGGAGAAGGUUGUAGGAAAGAAACUGCAAACGCCAUGCUUGGGGGAGACUUGGCCAAAGUGUCAUUUGGUGGAGGGAGUGUGAUGUCAAACUGUUGGGGAGUCGCGGCGCCUGCUGGGGCUGCCGUGACCGAUAUGGGAGAGACAUGUUUUGUUGCAGCUGGGGCAGGCGAAGGUGUCCGGUUUCUUCUCUCGGCACUUUGCCCAGAGGUCAUUCCUCUCCUGGUCACCGCUGUGGGUGUACAACCUGGCUGUUGUCUCCUGUCGGUUGACUGAAGGGGAUGCCCACACGGUGGGGGCUGAUGUGGCCAGGCUCCAGGGCCCGUUUGCAGACGUCUUUGUAACACGGAGUUGGUCUGCCAAGGGGCCUGGUGCCUGAAGCCAGAUCCCUGCAGUCUCACCAGCACCAGUAAACUUAGCAAGCAGUGGAAGUCUCUCUCUCUCUCUCUCUCUCUCUCUCUCUCUCUCUCUCUUUCCUUCUCUCUCUUCUCUCUCUCUCCCUCCCUCCCUCCCUCCCUCCUUUCCUCCCUCUUGCUCCCUCCCUCCUUCCCUCCCUCUCUCUCUUUCUCUCCCCCUCCCUCCCUCCCUCCCUCCCUCCCUUUCUUCCUCCCUCUCCCUCUCUCCCUCCCUCCCUCUCUCUCUCCCCCUCCCUCCCUCCCUCUCUCUCCCUCCCUCCCUUUCUCCCUCUCUCCCUCCCUCCUUCCCUCCCUCCCUCUCUCUCUCUUUCUCCCCCCUCCCUCUCUCGCCCUCCCUUCCUCCCUCCCUCGCCCUCCCUUCCUCCCUCCCUCCCUCCCUCCCUUCCUUCCUCCCUCCCUUCCUCCCUUUCUUCCUCCCUCUCCCUCUCUCCCUCCCUCCCUCUCUCUCUUCCCCUCCCUCCCUCUUCUUCCUCCCUCCCUCCCUCCCUUCCUUCCUCCAUCUCUCUCUCUCACUCACUCACUUUUUGCUAGGAUCAGCUGCCAAGCAGCACUGGCCAAGCCUCAAACCACCCAAACAUCUUUAAUUUUCCCAUGAUGUUCCUGACUCCGCCUUCAUUGGCUCCCAGUACGUUUCCGAGCACACUUCAAAGUGCUGGUGCUGACCUUGAAAGCCCUAAACAGCUCAGGAUACCUGAAGGAGCAUCUCCACCCCCAUUGUUCUGCCCGGACACUGAGGUCCAGUUCUGAGGGCCUUCUGGCGGUUCCCUCACUGCGAGAAGUGAGGUUAACAGGGAACCAAGCAGAGGGCCUUUUCGGUGGUGGCACCCGCCCUGUGGAACGCCCUCCCAUCAGAUGUCAAGGAAAUAAACAACCACCUGACGUUUGGAAAACAUCUGAAGGCAGCCCUGUUUAGGGACGUUUUUAAUGUCUGGCGUUUUAUUGUACUGUUAAUCUUUUGUUGGAAGCCGCCCAGAGUGGCUGGGGGAACCCAGCCAGAUGGGCAGGAUAUAAAUAAUAAAUUAUUAUUAUUAUUAUUAUUAUUAUUACUAUUACUAUUUCAGGACUGCCAGGCAUUUUGGGGGAAAGAAAAUGGCCACUGGCCACAGCCUGAGUCAGCUUCUUUGUUUCAUAGAAUAAUUGCCAUUCUAGUACUGUAAUAAUUUUAAAAGAGAAAAGGACCAGUGUUGGCCCUGAUGGACCUUCCUGGGUCUCACAGACGCCCAGCAUUGCACAGACUGUUCCCGCUGCCGCUACCACACCUGUCCUGGCAAGUUAACUUCUAGAUUUGGCAAUUAACAUUAUUGGCUGAAGUUGUGUCUGCAAGAUUUAACAGCGUCCCUUUUGAUGCAAGAAUGUAAAAGCCCGGGGCACAACUUUCAAAAACUGGGGAGGGGGGGAAAUAAAAAAUAACACCAUCAGAAGAGCCCAGAUGUUGUAUCUCAGGAGCCUAGUCCAGACUCCAGUUCUCACAGUGGCCAACAAGAUGCCCCUCAAGGGAAGCCGCAAACGGGUCCUGAGUGCGAGAACACUCUGCCUUAUAAUUAUAAUAAUAAUUUUUAUGCCUUACCCUCCUUUGCAAUGAAGUCUUUGCCACAACACCUGCACAGCCUGCCCUCCUUGACCUCCUGCCACUGAGCCUAAAAUGCCACACACUUAUCAAGUACCGUAUUUUUUGCACCAUAACACUCACUUUUUUCCUCCUAAAAAGUAAGGGGAAAUGUCUGUGCGUGUUAUGGAGGGAAUACCUAUGGGUGGCAUGCCUACGGAUUUUCCUCCUCUAAAAACUAUGUGCGUGUUAUGGUCGGGUGCGUGUUAUAGAGCGAAAAAUACGGUAUUAAGUCCUUCUUUCUCCCUGAUUCCCUCGCUGUUUCCCCCUCCUCUGCCACCUCACUGGUAUUAAAUGUGAGGUUGUAAGCUCUGAGGGAGCAGGGACCCCACCGUUUGCUCCUUGUAAAAAGCCAGGCACAUUGACCUUGUGGGACAUCGAGCUCAGGAGUAAACCCUACACAAAUAAAAACAAGAAGAAGAAGAAGAAGAAGAAGAAGAAGAAGAAGAAGAAGAAGAAGAAGAAGAAGAAGAAGAAUUUGUACCCCGUCCAUCUGGCUGGGCCUCCCCAGCCACUCUGGGCGGCUUCCAACAAAGAUUAACAAUACAUUAAAAUGUCACACAUUAAAACCUUUCCUGAACAGGGCUGCCUUCAGAUGUUUUCUAAAUGUCAGGUAGUUGUUUAUCUCUUUGACAUCUGGUGGGAGGGCGUUCCACAGGGCGGGUGCCACUACUGAAAAGGCCCUCUGUCUGGAAGUCCAGGCAGUGGUAUUUAUAAAAUUCCAAACAAAGUAUUUCAAUUCUCACCAAUCAUAUUAUACAUCAUUACCUCAUUUCAUGUUUAAUAGUAAAAGGUAAAGGGACCCCUGACCAUUAGGUCCAGUUGUGGCCGACUCUGGGGUUGCGGCGCUCAUCUCGCUUUAUUAACCGAGGGAGCCGGCAUACAGCUUCCGGGUCAUGUGGCCAGCAUGACUAAGCCGCUUCUGGCAAACCAGACUUGCGCAUGGAAACAUAGUUUACCUUCCCACCGGAGCGGUCCCUAUUUAUCUACUUGCACUUUGACGUGCUUUUGAACUGCUAGGUUGGCAGGAGCAGGGACUGAGCAACGGGAGCUCACCCCGUCGCGGGGAUUCGAACCACUGACCUUCUGAUCAGCAAGCCCUAGGCUCUGUGGUUUAACCCACAGCGCCACCCGCAUCCCUUUCAUGUUUAAUACACAUGCGCAAUAAGCAAUAAGCACUGGCAAUUUCUGCUGAUUAAGUUUUGAUGCCCACAGUGUUCUGUUACAGUGUGUUAAUAUGCAUGUUGGGAAACUGUGUUACCUGUAGCCAUUUGCACCAUGUCGCAACUUAUGUUCUAGCUUUGAGCUGUAUCGUUGCGAUUCACAUAUUAGCUGUAUUUCUGCCCCAAUUUGGGGGCAGGGGGUGUGGCAACUUGCAAAACCAUCAGUUUCAUAAAGCAACAGGUUACCAUAACUUCUCUAUUAGAAGCACACUCAAGGAUUUACAGGGGCACACAUUAUCACAUUUAUUGUGGCCCUUUGGACCGCCACCACAUCUCUUCACUGUAGCUCAGGUGCAAAGCGUUGGGUGUAGAAUCUAAAAGGUUCAGUCCCCAACAUCUCAAAGCAGGGUUGUAAAACACCCACAUCAGAAACCCUGCCAGAUCCACCUUGACAUUCCUGAGUUUGAUGGACCAGUGGUCUGACUGUGCACAAGGCCUAUGUCCUAAUAAUAAUAAUAAUAAUAAUUUAUUAUUUGUACCCCGCCCAUCUGGCUGGGCCUCCCCAGCCACUCUGGGCGGCUUCCAACAAAGAUUAAAAAUACAUUAAAAUGUCACACAUUAAAAACUUCCCUGAACAGGACUGCCUUCAGAUGUCUUCUAAAUGUCAGGUAGUUGUUUAUCUCUUUGACAUCUGAUGGGAGGGCGUUCCACAGGGCGGGCGCCACCAUCGAGAAGGCCCUCUGCCUGGUUCCCUGUAGCUUUGCUUCUCGCAGUGAGGGAACCAUCAGAAGGCCCUCAGAGCUGGACCUCAGCGUCCGGGCAGAACGAUGGGGGUGGAGACGCUCCUUCAGGUAUACUGGACCGAGGCCAUUUAGGGCUUUAAAGGUCAACACCAACACUUUGAAUUGUGCUCGGAAACGUACUGGGAGCCAAUGUAGGUCUUUCAAGACCAGUGUUAUGUGGUCUCGGCGGCCGCUCCCAGUCACCAGUCUAGCUGCUGCAUUCUAGAUUAAUUGAAGCUUCCAUGUCACCUUCAAAGUUAGCCCCACAUAGAGCGCAUUGCAGCAGUCCAAGCGAGAGAUAACCAGAGCAUGUGCCACUCUGGCGAGACUGUCUGCGGGCAGAUAGGGUCUCAUCCUGCGUAUCAGAUGGAGCUGGUAGACAGUUGCCCUGGACACAGAACUGACCUGCACCUCCAUGGACAGCGGUCAGUCCAAAAUGACUCCCAGGCUGCGCACCUGGACCUUCAGGGGCACAGUUGCCCCAUUCAGGACCAAGGAGUCCUCCACACCUGCCCACCCCCUGUCCCCCAAAAACAGUACUUCUGUCUUGUCAGGAUUCAACCUCAAUCCAUUAGCCGCCAUCCAUCCUCCAACCGCCUCAAGGCACUCACACAGGACCUUCACCGCCUUCACUGGUUCCAUUUUGAAAGAGAGGUAGAGCUAUCCAACUCUCUCUCUCCAGAACACCUAAAGAUUUUUCUUGGGUGGUUAUUAGACUGGGAGAGGGUUCUGCAGAAAUGGGUGGUCUUUUGUGACUUCUAGGCCACCAAUGGGUAACUCAGCUUAUGCAUGCGUGGGCUGUAAGAAAAUAAUAAGAAGAAAAUAAGUAAGAGAAUGGAUCAGGCCAAAGUCCAUCUCAGCCGGCAUCCAACCAGCAAGCAGGAUCCGAGCAUGAGAGCAAAACCCUCCCCGCUUGUGGUUUCUGGCAACUGGUCUUUCGAAACUUCGCUGCAGCAGAGCCCAGCCAUCAUGGUCAGUAGCCAUCGGCAGCCCUCUCCUCCUCCAUGAAUUUGCCUCAUCCUCUUUUCAAGCCAUCUAGGCUGGUGGCAGUUCCACAGUCGAAGUGGGCGGAGGAGGACUUCAUCUGUCCCAAAUCUUCCGACUACAAAUUCAGUGGCCUCGUUUGCAAAGGCUGGCCUACAUAGCGUAAGGAAGAGUUGUUGACCAACUUCUCGUCCUCACAUUGCUUUUCCAAACAGAUGCUGUUUGCUCUAGUUUACGGUUAAGGGUAUUUACCACAAGGCCGGGAGGAGGAGGAGGAGGGGACACAGAAGACCCCAGGAAGAGAUAAAUUAGCUGGCUUGGAGAUGUACACAGGAUCGGUCCAAGACAUUUUGGCACCUGAGGAGAACCAGGGAACAGCGUCCCCUGCCAACUGAGUGGGACGGAGGUGAUGGUGUGGAAGGAAUUCUGCUUCCACUGAAAAAUUAAGUACAAAACCAGAUUUCUAAACACAAUUCCAGUACACACUACUCCAGGGGUCAGCAAACUUUUUCAGCAGGGGGCCGGUCCACUGUCCCUCAGACCUUGUGGGGGGCCGGACUGUAUUUUUUUGGGGGGAUGAACGAAUUCCUAUGCCCCACAAAUAACCCAGAGAUGCUUUUUAAAUAAAAGCACACAUUCUACUCAUGUAAAAACACUAGGCAGGCCCCACAAAUAACCCAGAGAUGCAUUUUAAACACAUUCUACUUACGUAAACACACUGAUUCCAGGACCACCCUCGGGCCGGAUUUAGAAGGCGACUGGGCCAGAUCUGGCCCCUGGGCCUUCGUUUGCCUACCCAUGCACUACUCUGUAGCCCCCACACAAUGAAAUGUGGCGUUUAUUUGUUUAACUUGUAUACCGUAUUUUUCGCUCUAUAACACGCACCUGACCAUAACACACACGUAGUUUUUAGAGGAGGAAAAUCCGUAGGCAUGCCACCCGUAGGCAUUCCCUCCAUAACACGCACAGACAUUUCCCCUUACUUUUUAGGAGGAAAAAAGUGAGUGUUAUGGUGCAAAAAAUACGGUACUUCACCACAGUUUAAGGGAGAUGUUCACAACUUGGGACAGAUCAAGGUAAUCAAGGGCCUAGGAACCAAGCAGGAAAGAAAGGAUUCGCUCAUUCAUUCGAUUCAUUCAUCUAAUUAUCUCUCCUCUCUUUUGGUUAGAGAGUAAUUGUAUUCAAACUUUGCACAUCACUAACAGCCCGGUUGGGGACUUCAUAUGUGUUAACUUGUACAAUCCAUCUACCUACUCCUCUUCCCAUACAAAUCGGUUUUGGGAGGAUCUAAGAUUUAUCCUUGAUAAAUCUGUGGCUGAAUUCCCAAAGUCAGAGAUCCUCAUAAUGGGGGACUUUAAUGCCAGAAUCGGAGCAGAUAUAAGCUCAUUCACCGAUAAGUCGCAACUAUUCAUAGAAGAGGAGUGGUUUCCUACGUGGAAUUCUCAUGACAAGACCAUUAAUAGGGCUGGCAUCAUACUGCUGGAGUUUACCAUUAACUGCGGGCUGCACAGCUUGCAUGGUACACCCAAAGACUGGUCCGGGGAUGCUAUACUUUUCUAGGAUCUAGAGGGGCAAGCGUUAUAGAUUAUAUCUGGUCCUCCUCGGCACUUAAUGAUAAGGCAUAUUGUUUCAAUGUGUUCAACAGAACCGAAAGUGACCACCUCCCUAUUGCCAUCUCUUUCCACCAUACACAGCUGGGGCUUCCCAGCUCACUCCACCUCCAGGAUUCACUGACCUUAGCCCCAGGUCGUAAGAAGUGGGAUAUCUAUCUGGAGCAAGACAUAAAAGUCCUCCUAAAUUCCCCUGAGAUCCUAGCCCUGAAAGCUCAGCUGGUAACAAUGAAUGUGAAUCAUUUCUCAAGUUUCCAACAAAUUCUAGCCUACUUGCUCCCAACACUUACGAAACCCUCUCGUGCGAGUUUAACCUGGAAGAAUCAAACUUGGUUCGACCAAGAAUGCAAACAGUGCAGAAGUAGGCUUAGAUUUCUUCAGUCUGAUAUGAAUUCAGACAGCACCCAGAGCAAAAUCAGGGAGUUAGCCCAAUUCCGUUCUUACUACAAGAAGUUGCUCCAACAUAAGAAAUUGAUCUUUGCGCAAGAACGCUGGACGGCAUUGUCAGUGGCCAUUAAAACCCGUGACGACAAGAAAUUCUGGAAUUUAAUUAAUGCAGGUUUAAGACCCCCCUCAUUCAUCGUUAAUAACAUCACAGCAGCCAGUUGGCACUCUCACUUUGCUCAGCUGUAUUCCGCCCCAGAUUCCGACGUAAACGCAGUUUCCACUCUUCCUGCAUCUGCCUUGCCCAACUGGGAGCCAGUCUCCCCAGAGAGAUGUGUACAACUAAUUAGCAUGCUAUCAGGGGAUAAAUCCCGGGGAGGAUAUGAUUCCACCCGAGGUAUUCUUAUUGAACCAGAUGUGGUGGGCCCCUAUUUUUGCAUCUCUCUUUACCACUAUUAAUGCCACUCUUAAGAUCCCGCCUAAUUGGAAACAGAGCAUAGUCAUCCCAAUAUAUAAAAAGGGGGACCCACAAGAUCCAGCGUAACUAUCGACCUAUCAGCCUGCUAGACAUAUCAUACAAGGUUUACUCUAGAUUUUUGCUAGAGAAAUUAGUCGAGUGGGCAGAAGAAACAAAGCUAUUCCACCCGGAACAGGCUGGCUUCCGUAAAGGUCACAGCACAUCUGGCCAAUGUCUUGUUCUAUUUACCCUGAUUGAUAAAUACCUAAACAGGUUCAACUGUAAACUACACGCGGCUUUUGUGGACCUGACCUCCGCUUUUGACUCCAUUCCCAGAGAUAGGCUAUGGCAGAAGCUUAGUUCCACCAACAUAGAUAAGAGACUCCUCCUCCUUCUCAUGGAAAUUCAUAAUGACAUAUCGGCCAGAGUAAAAUUCGACCCUCUGGGAGCUCUUUCUGAUUCUUUCUCUCUGAAUAAAGGGGUCAAACAGGGCUGCCUCUUGGCCCCUUUUCUAUUUAAUUUCUAUAUCAACGACAUCGUUACAACUAUGCAGGCCCUAAAUCAAUCUGCCCCCUCUUUACAACAGCUUAAGAUCCCCAUAUUACUCUAUGCGGACGACAUGGUGAUACUGUCUUUAACCAAGCAGGGCUUAAACAACAUGCUCAGAGGGCUCAUGACAUAUUGUGAUACCAAUUCCCUCAAAAUCAAUUUCGCCAAAACCAAAAUUCUUACUUUUGGCACGAAAACUCGGAAGUCAUUCUGGAAUUUUGAGGGCCACUCUAUUGAAUAUUGCUCAGCAUUCAAGUAUUUGGGAAUCACUUUUCAGCAUGGGCUUAGCUGGUCAGCUCACCUAAAUAUGACCAUCCUGGCUGCCCGUAGAACCAUCAAAGCCUUGGAGAAAUUCUUCUAUGCAAAAGGCGGCCAGUUGGUUCCACCAAUCAGAAAAGCAUUUAUCAGCAAAGUCCUCCCGAUGUUACUGUAUGGGGUUGAAAUCUGGGGGUGGAAUUUAAAAACACUACAACGGCUGGAGAUUCUACAAAACUCUUUUGCACGAAAGAUACUGGGUCUCCCCAAGGGCUCGGUUGCUGCACAGUUAAGAACAGAACUGGGCCUCCCUCCAUUGUUGCGAGAGCCCACAUUAGAAUUAUUAGUUUUUAUUGCAAAUUAAUCAAUGCCCCAGGUUCCCUACUAGCCAGGCAAGCCUUUUAACUUGUUCUCACUCCAACAAAUGGUCCAAGGCCAUGGAGACUAUUACUGUACGCUACUCCCUCCCAGAUUUCGACACGUUGUCAUCUUGGGACCAACAUAAAAUCCGGGCCUGGAUUCUUACAAGAGAUGAGGCCAUGGACCGGGCACAGUCCACCUCAGCUCGCCUCUCCAUGUGGCUCCCUAAAGUGAAAGUGGUAAGAUCACUUGCCAACUACUUGAUAGACCUGACGGAGCCCAAUUUGAGAAGAGCGUUUACAAUGGCCCGCUUUCAUUCUAUACCCACGGCCUUCCUGCAGGGGAUCUACUCUAAGACCCCUAUUACUCAGCGUCUAUGUCCAUGCACAAUGAAUGAAGUAGAGGACUUCAUACAUUUCUUUUUCUACUGCCCUAUUUAUGACCCAAUAAGACCUAAGCUCCUCCUCUUGAUCCCGUCCUCCAUUUCAUCUAAGGAAGACUGUUUGAAAGCACUUCUUGUGGACGCAAAUCCCCAAAUUUCACGUGGGGUGGCAAUCUUCACAGUGCAGGCUCUGAAACUCAGGGCUACUCUGACAGGGUAGUGUGCCCUAGUCCCGGACCUGUUUAAUUUUUAUUACCUUUUUAACUUAAUGUGCUGAGCCUAUUUUGGGGCCAUUUUAUGCUUUAUUUAUAUCCGCAUGCAAGGUUUUUAGCUGGGGCAAUGAGAAUAAUAUUCCACUAUUUGACUAUUGAUCCAAAACCCUAUAAUGUGUUUUAUACAAUUGACUUUUUAUUUCUAUUCUUUGUCUAUCCUAUUGUUGUUUUGUUGCUAUGGCCGAUGGCUGAUGCAAAUAAAGAUUCAUUCAUUCGAUUUAGCCAAAUUCCUGCUUUCCAAAACCAGUACAGUGGUACCUCGGUUUUCGAGCGACUUGGAAGCUGAACGUUUCUGUUUUCGAACCCAGAAGUAAUUGCUUCCGUUUUUGAACAUGCCUCAGCAGUCGAACAGCUUCCACGGCGUGUUGUUUUUUAUUUUUCCAAUUAAACUUGCAGGCUGCCCUUUGCCCCUCAGUUUUCAAACGUUUCGGAAGUCGAACGGUCUUCCGGAACGGACUGCGUCCGAGAACCGAGGUACCACUGUAGCUGAGAGACCUUAGGAAAAGCUACCUUUAGCUCCCUCUCCUCUCUCCUGUAAUCUGAGCUCUGCCUGAGUGGUGGCCCAAAGUUUUUGGCUGGGUGAAGGGGUGGUGGGAGAGGAAUCUCUGUAUUUUUCGUCUUCUUCUUUUGCAAUCUAGUGCAUUGCACUUCCAAAGCUCCCCUUCCAGACCAGGUUCUCCUUUGUGUGUCUAGGUGGACGACUACGAGGUGCCGUUCGAACAGGACUUGGGGCCCAUCCAUCUGAUCCGCCUGCACAAGGAGCCGUACUUAUUCUUCCCGACGGACAACUGGUUCUGCAAUUUUGUCAGAGUGACGACCCCAAAGGGGGAGACGUACAACUUUCCUUCCUACCAGUGGCUGGAGGGCUCUUGCACCUUGACCCUGAGGGAGGGGGCAGGUACUGUUCCUAUCUUUCCUUUCCCAGGGAUUGGGGGGUGGGUGUUCACCAAACCAAGUAGGCCCAAAGCUUUGUGGGUUUUCAUUCUGCAGAAGCUGUGACUGUUGCUUUUGUCUGUGCUGGUUUGGUAAUGGUAACCAGAACUAUAAAGGGACCCCUGACCAUUAGGUCCAGUCGAGGCCGACUCUGGGGUUGCAGCACUCAUCUCGCUUUAUUGGCCGAGGGAGCCGGUGUACAGCUUCCGGGUCAUGUGGCCAGCAUGACUAAGCCGCUUCUGGCGAACCAGAGCAGCGCACGGAAACGCCGUUUACCUUCCCGCCGGAUUGGUACCUAUUUAUCUACUUGCACUUUGAGGUGCUUUCGAACUGCUAGGUUGGCAGGAGCAGGGACCGAACAACGGGAGCUCACUCCGUCGUGGGGAUUCCAACCGCCAACCUUCUGAUCGGCAAGUCCUAGGCUCUGUGGUUUAACCCACAGCGCCACCCGCAUCCCAACCAGAACUAUAGCUAGCAGGCAAAUUAGGGGCUCGAUCCGAGAUGGGAGACUAUGUCAACUUUGCUCGGUUUCUCAUUUUUCCAGGCUUAAGCUCAGCCCCUCCACAUUUCCACACCAGUUUGCAAGUUCGAUCAAAAACGCAAGACCUCAUGAAAACUCACGUUAAUGUGAAAUACUCCCUCUUUGCAUAGGGUUUGGCAUCGUACAGACAUUUCCGCAACGCUGUUUUCUCUGACACGUGCAUUUUCGGACACAUUGCUUAACUGCAUUGCAGAAGCUCAGAGAAGUGCAAAUUUUGAAGGGCAAAUCACACACACACACAAAAAAUAUUGCUUUUAUGUGCGAAUGGGAAUGAAUUUCUUCCCAGGCUCGAGACAUCUUGCUCUCUCUCGCUUUCUCUUGCGCACAAACACACAUUUAUAGAAUUGUCAUGGAUUCAUCCAUGGAAACUGUGUAAUUGGAAUGGUUAUCUCUGGGCAUGUAGUGAGGGCAUAUCAUUCAGGAGUAACUACAGCAUGUAGGGACACGGGUGGCGCUGUGGGUUAAACCACAGAGCCUAGGACUUGCCGAUCAGAAGGUCGGCGGUUCGAAUCCCUGUGACGGGGUGAGCUCCUGUUGCUCGGUCCCUGCUCCUGCCAACCUAGCAGUUCAAAAGCACGUCAAAGUGCAAGUAGAUAAAUAGGUACCGCUCCGGCGGGAAGGUAAACGGCGUUUCCGUGCGCUGCUCUGGUUCGCCAGAAGCGGAUUAGUCAUGCUGGCCACAUGACCCGGAAGCUGUACGCCGGCUCCAUCGGCCAGUAAAGCAAGAUGAGCGCCACAACCCCAGAGUCGUCCGUGACUGGACCCAACGGUCAGGGGUCCCUUUACCUUUACAUUUACAGCAUGUUAGCGGCAGGGCUUUGCUAGCAAAGAGUAUGGCCCAUAGGCAAGCUUCCCUCCACCUUCUCAUAUGGCUCAUUAGAUUAAUUACCAUUUACCUGGUCUCCUUUUCUCUCUCUCCCUAUCCCCGUCCCUCCAGCCAAAACGGUUUCCGAUGACAAAGGAAACCCCCAACUUGUGGAGCACCGCAAGGAAGAGCUAAAGAAACGGCAGGAAUCCUAUGGGUCAGUAAAUCACAUCCCUUUAUGCUGAGGUGGGGGCAGGGAACCUCUGGCCCUCGGGAAACGCAUGCGGCCCCGCAAUGCCUCUCUUUAUGGCUCCUAGAACUCUCUCUACAAGCCGUGACCUCUCUCCUAUGUUGCAUCCCUUACUGGCCCUGGAGUUCACCUUCCUUGAGAGCUUUUCCCUGGCAGGAUUUAUUGAGUCCAUGAUUGUUGUUUUUUAAUCUACUGGAUUCUCCACAGAAAUGGUAAUUGCUCCAUAAAUAAGAUGGGAUGGUAUUUUGAGGCAGACGGUGGCGCGUGAGCGCCGCGGAAAGCUUGCACACGUGAACAGGACCAAGUCCACAUUGAACUGCCACACAGGCUUGGAAUCGUAGCAUUAGCUCAGCAGGGCUAAAAGGCCAUCGCAAUAUCCUGUGGCAAUGAGUUCCAUAGCUGACUUCUGAGCUGCUCAAAGAUGGACUUCCUUCUGGGUGACCCCCUCCCCCCUCCCCGGGCUGUUCUUUGUUUGCUGCAGCUGGAAGGAGUACGCCCCAGGUUGGCCGAGGUGUGUCGACGCGAAAAGCACGGAUGAUCUGGAUUCCAAUUCGAAGUACUUGUUCACCAAGUCCUCUGUCUUUGCCAUGCGCACCGUCAAAUCGUGAGUUGCUUUGGCCAUGGGGCUUGCUUGGAUCGGGAGCAGGGGGUGGGAUCCACAGCUCAGUUUUAUCAUAAUUUGGGAGAGAGAGAGAGAGAGAGAGAGAGAGAGAGAGAGAGAGAGAGAGGUGAUUUCACUCUCAAAUUUGUCAGAAGCCGGAAAUUAAAUUAAGAUGGCGGACCGAAACAUCACUUUUGUGUGGCAUCAUCCAUUUUUUUGGCAUAGGUUCAGACGCCUCUCGAGAUAUUGUCUCUAAACUCAGCACGAUAAUUUCCAAAGUACGGUGGUGAUCCUUGUCGAUGUUUUCGAUGCUGGCGGCCAUUUUGAUUCAAGAUGGCGGACAGAACCUUGACUUUGGCAUGGCAUCCCCCACUUUUUGCCUUGGUUCAGCGGCCUAUCGAGAUAUACCCACCAAACGUGGCAUGAGGGUUCUCAGGGCAGUCGUGGACAUUUAGCUGCCGUGCGUCCUUUGGCGGAAUAAACCGUGACGUUGACCUAACUUCACCCGAUUUGAGGCGCGAGUGGUCCAAAUUCACAAAUUACGCUACCCAUUUAAAAAUACCGUUAUUCCUUGUUUUCUAAAGAUCCGCGGGCAGUGUCAGGUGCUCCCCACUAGUUUAAAAAAAAAAAAGUAAGGAAAAAAUGAGGACCAGAAACAUGAAACCGAUUUGUAGAACAGAUGCAGUGGUACGUUGGUUCUCAAAAUUAAUCCAUCCCAGAAGUCUAUUCCAAAACCAAAGUGUUCCAAAACCAAGGUGCGCUUUCCCAUAGAAAGUAAUGUAAAACGAAUUAAUCCGUUCCAGACUUUUAAAAACAACCCCUAAAACAACAAUUUAACAUGAAUUUUAUUAUCUAACGAGACCACUGAUCCAUAAAAUGAAAGCAAUAAUCAACGUACUGUACUAUAAAAUAAAUAAGACAGUAUUGUAGAUGAUAAAAAUGAAAAUUAAUUUUUUUUCUUACCUGCACUGAUGAUAGUCAUUAUUUGGAUGGGGGGCUUUUAUCCAUUUCCGCAGCCACACAAUCAAUCAAUCAAUCAGUAGCUGAACUGGGUUCCACACAGUCACAAAAACAAAUGAACCGAAAAAGCCUCAAAAACAAAAACGCAAAAUAAAUAGCAAUCACAAAAGCGCCAAACUUAAUCCGUUCCGGAAGUCCGUUUGACUUCCGAAAUGUUCGAAAACCAAAGCGCAGCUUCUGAUUGGUGCAGGCGCCCCAGAAACAAAAGAGUGGUACCUCGGGUUACAUACACUUCAGGUUACAUACGCUUCAGAUUACAGUCUCCGCUAACCCAGAAAUAGUGCUUCAGGUUAAGAACUUUGCUUCAGGAUGAGAACAGAAAUCGGGCUCCGGCGGCGCAUUGGCAGCAGGAGGCCCCAUUAGCUAAAGUGGUGCUUCAGGUUAAGAACAGUUUCAGGUUAAGUACGGACCUCCGGAACGAAUUAAGUACUUAACCCGAGGUACCACUGUAGCUGACAACCACAUCGGACGUUCAACUUCUGAAAAACUUUCAAAAACCGGAACACUAACUUCCGGGUUUUCGGUAUUUGGGAACCAAGGCGUUUGAGAACCAAGGUACCACUGUACCGCUGUUUGAGCUCCGGCCCAUUGUGUGCUUUGAUCAUGCCAAGGCCUCUGAGCCUCUGAGCUGGUGUGGAGUUGGCAGCCUGUUUCCUACCGCCUCACCCCAUCCCAAGCAAACAGGUGAACCAUCCCGUUCCCCAGGAGUGCCACAUUUCACAAUUCCAAAGCACCUCCGCUUUUUUCAACCCACACUGCCCAGGCAGCCCUGUCUGAGAGCAGCGAUGCCAUCAGCGCCUCUCGUCUAACCUGUCCAUCUGGGUCAGAGAGGCUUGGAAUCGGAGACUCGGCUAGCCACCUGCAGCUGUUUUCCUCCCACCUUUCAGGAAAGUUUCAGGGUUCACAGGGCAAAACACCAAGAGGAAUUCCUGCCCCCGUUCUCUGUGCCUCCUUCUCUCUCCUCAUCAUUUCCAACACUCUGGGCAGUGAGUUCGAGAGACCGGGCUGCUUUGAGGAGAGAAACACGAUGCAGAUGGGUAGUUUUAGACACCGCAGACUUAAAGACCUGGUGGUGGUGUAGUGGUUAGAGCGCUGGCCUAGGACCUGGGGAGAGACCAGGGUUCAAAUCCCCACUUGGCCGUGAAUAAUAAUAAUAAUUUAUUAUUUGUACCCCGCCCAUCUGGCUGGGUUUCCCCAGCCACUCUGGGCGGCUUCCAACAAAGAUUCAAAAUACAUUAAAAUGUCACACAUUAAAAACUUCCCUGAACAGGGCUGCCUUCAGAUGUCUUCUAAAAGUCAGAGAGUUGUUUCUUUCCUUGACAUCUGGUGGGAGGGCGUUCCACAGAGCGGGUGCCACCACUGUGAAGGCCCUCUGCCUGGUUCCCUGUAGCUUGGCUUCUCGCAGCGAGGGAACCGCCAGAAGGCCCUCGGAGCUGGACCUCAGUGUCCGGGCAGAACGAUGGGAGUGGAGACGCUCCUUCAGGUCUACUGAGCCGAGGCCAAAACCAGUCACUGCCUCUCAGUCUACUGGGUGAAGCCUAACCUACCUCACAGGGUUGUUGUAGAGAUUAAACGAGGAGUGGGAGGAGAACCAUGUAUACCGCCUUAAGAUGGAGGAAAAAUUGGGGAUAUUAAUGCAAUAGAGAAAUAAAGCCUCUAAUAUUCUUGGGUUCAUUUUUCUUCACCACAGAAAUAAGGGACAAUAUGAUUUCUGCAUUGGUGCACGAAAAAAUGGUGAUUUUUAUUAGUGAAAAAUGCAGGGCUUUGGCUGAUUACUGCUCUAUAGACUUCUAAAUGUGUUUGUGGGAGAAGGGUUGUUGUUUUGCUGCUUCUGGUUUAGCUAUUUAUUUAUUUGUGCUUUUAUCCUAUACAGUGGUACCUCAGGUUAAGUACUUAAUUCGUUCCAGAGGUCCGUUCUUAACUGCCCACUGAGAGAUGCCUAUAAAUAUGUCCCUUCCAUUUCCACAGACAUUUAAUUAUCCAACUUUAAGGAAAACUUCGCAGAGUUUCUGACCAAUCAAAUGCAUGCCUGCGCCCUCCUGGCUGUGUUGAGUAACGCCACCUGCUGGCGUUUCCUGGAAAUUAAAUAGGGCACGGCAUGCAAGAUGUGGUUGACUCGUAUGGAGAAAAGAAGGUGUAAUUGUUAGAUUUUGAAGCUGUCCCCCUCAUUGAAUGUGCUCCUUCCCCUCAGGGAACUUGAGAUGCGGCUGAAAGGCUUCAACAACCUGGCGGAGUCAUGGAAGAACCUGGACGACAUUCGCAGAGUCUUCUGGUUCAUGAAAACACCUGUCACAGGUGGGUCCCCUCCCUGCCCUGAGCAGACAAAAGCAGCUGGAUCCGACCAAUAAAUGAUGUGCUUCUAAUGCACCAUUCUCCCUGGCCACCACUCCCGCCACUCGCUGCCUAAAGAUCAUUUUACUUGAGGAUUUAAAUAUGCACAGCACUCCUUUUAAAUAUACAAGGUGUGACCGGAAAGUUCAGUGAGUGGUCACAGAAUUCGGACAGCCAGAAAUAUUCGAACAUACAGUGGUACGUUGGUUCUCAAACUUAAUCCGUUCCGGAAGUCUGUUGCAAAACCAAAGCGUUCCAAAACCAAGGCGCGCUUUCCCAUAGAAAGUAAUGCAAAAUGGAUUAAUCCGUUCCAGACUUUUAAAAACAACCCCUAAAACAGCAAUUGAACAUGAAUUUUACUAUCUAACAAGGGCAUCAUUCCAUAAAAUGAAAGCACUAAACAAUGUACUGUGCUAUAAAAUAAAUAAGACAGUAUUGUAGAUGAUAAAAAUUAACAUUAAAAAAAAUUCUUACCUGCACUGAUGAUAGUCAUUGUUUGGAUGGGGGCUUUUAUCCAUUUCCGCAGUCACACAAUCAAUCAAUCAAUCAAUCAAUCAGUAGCUGAACUGGGAUCCACACAGUCACAAAAACAAAUUAACUGAAAAAGCCUCAAAACAGAAAUAACACACACAAAAUAAAUAGCAAAACAAAAGCACCAAAUAUAAGCUCCACAUAUCACCUUAGAACAUUGCGAUCGGAAAUGGAAAGCUUGAAUUAAAAUGGAGGGACACAAAUUAGCAGCGCAACAGGAAACACAGGGGGAUGCAAAACAGAGCAUGUUCGGCUUCCAAAAUAAGUUCAAAAACUGGAACACCUACUUCCGAUUUUGCAGCAUUCGUGUUCCAAGUUGUUGGUGAACUAAGCUGUUCGAAAACCAAGGUACCAGUGUACAAACUUACAGGCCUUCAGAGUAGCCCCCUCUGACACAAUGCACCGUUGACAACGUUUGUAGAACUGCUGGAAACUUCUGGAGAAGUCCUCUAUUCGUACUGCUUUCAGUUCUCUCGUCACAGGAGCUUGGAUGUGUGAAAUGUUGGGAAAUCUGUGCCCUUUCAGCGCAGAUUUCAGUUUUGGAAAAAGAAAGAAAUCUGGUGGGGGCAGAUCGGGAGAAUAUGGAGGGUAGGACAACUUAGUAACCUCAGUAACGAUUUCACACGGAAUAUGCAAUUCUUCCACCAUCAUUCAGACGCACAAACGCUGAUAUCACAUCAGUAAGUCACAAAUUCUGUUGAUAUUUGUCGCCUUUCACGGAAACGCUCAAACCACGUUUGAGUUACAGCUUCGUUUCCGUGCACAAUUGUGAGCAUUUCGUGGGUUUCCAAUGCCAAUUGUAUGUUUUCGAAUAUUUCUCGCUGUCCGGUUUCUGUGACCGUUCACCGAACUUUCCGGUCACACCUUGUACGUUGUUGUUUAGUCGUGUCCAAUUCUUCGUGACCCCAUGGACCAGAGCACGCCAGGCACUCCUGUCUUCCACUACCUCCCGCAGUUUAGUCAAACUCAUGCUGGUAGCUUCGAGAACACCAUCCAACCAUCUCGUCCUCCGUCGUCCCCUUCUCCUUGUGCCCUCCAUCUUUCCCAACAUCAGGGUCUUUUCCAGGGAGUCUUCUCUUCUCAGGAGGUGGCCAAAGUCUUGGAGCCUCAGCUUCAGGAUCUGUCCUUCCAGUGAGCACUCAGGGCUGAUUUCCUUCAGAAUGGAUAGGUUUGAUCUUCUUGCAGUCCAUGGGACUCUCAAGAGUCUCCUCCAGCACCAGAAUUCAAAAGCAUCCAUUCUUCGGUGAUCAGCCUUCUUUAUGGUCCAGCUCUCACUUCCAUACAUCACUACUGGGAAAACCAUAGCUUUUACUAUACGGACCUUUGUUGGCAAGGCGAUGUCUCUACGUACGUACAUUCCUUUAAAUAAAUAAAAAAGGAACAGAGGCUGAGAUUGCAUGAAAAGUCCUGGUAGAUCAGGGCAAAGGCCUAGCUAUGCCCUCAUCCUGUACCCGCAGUGGCCUCUCAGAAGUCCCCAGGCAAGUGGCGUGAGGUAAUAGCCCUCUCCUGCUGUCGUUUCCCAGAAGCUGUUAUGGAAAGGUAGACUGGGUCUAAAGAGGGAGGUUCUAUUUAGCCAUAAUGACUGAUAGUCAUUGGCAGACCCCCUCCUCCCUGAAUUGUCUAAUCCUUUAAAGUUGUCUAACCUAAUAAUAAUAAUAAUAAUUGUCAGGGCUGCCUCAAGUCUCAGCUCACAAAAGACCAACGCCUAUGUCUUCUUAUAUACAAAAGUGUUUAUUGCAGUUCAUUGUUUGCUCGACAUCCUAGGCGCGCAGCCCUACGUCUGCUACGCUUAGACCGCUGAAGUCCCCUCUGAAUCCGUCCCUCCCCUGCACCAGUUUAAGAUGCUUGCGCUGCUCCACCUCUUUCUCUCUUUCCUUUUCCGCAGGGUCCUUCUGCCCGCUGGGGUUUCGCCCCUCCUGGAUUCCUCUGACGCGGAAUCAGACUGCUCUUGCCCCCUCCUGCGGGCUUUGGAACCUGGCCCCUCCUCCGGGCUCCCUGUACUUCCGCGCGCCUCUACAUUUGAACCUGCGCGCGCGCCCAGCCUCUAACCUUCCUUUCAACAGCUACACUACUCCCUUCACUGCUCCUCCCCUUCCGGGAGGAUGGCUUGCUCCGACCUCCCUCCUUUCUCUGCUGCCGGAGCCGCUUCCCUGACACACUGAAACCUCCACCCCCUUCGCUGCACUCUGGCGGGGAGGCUGGUCCUGACACCCAGCUGCCACUUUGGGAUGCCCAGCUGGCCCCCUGCUCCUGACACGUCCCCCCUGGGGCUCCCCUGGGCUUGACCACCGGCACCCCCUUCUGGGAAUCCUCUGAUUCGCUGGAAAGACUCAUGGAAUCUCUUGAGUCAUUGUCAUCCUCUUCCUCGCUGUCCUGGGAUUCAUCCCCAUCGCUCUCCAUCUCCUGCCUACCCUGUGCCUCUGUCGCUGAACCCCUGACAAUAAUAAUAAUAAUAAUAAUAAUAAUAAUAAUAAUAAUAAUAAUUUAUUUAUACCUCGCCCUCCCCGGCCAGACCUGGGCUCAGGGCAGCUAACACAGUAAAAUUACAGUAAAAACAUAAUGGGGGGGGACCCCAAUUUAAAAUACAGGUUAAAAUGGAAUUUAUAAUGCAGCCUCAUUUUAAAAGUAGCCCAUAGAUCAAAACCAUAAGGGGAGGUUUUGAGACUGGGUCCAAACCAAAGGCCAGGCGGAACAGCUCUGUCUUGCAGGCCCUGCGGAAAGAUGUCAAGUCCCGCAGGGCCCUAGUCUCUUGGGACAGAGCGUUCCACCAAGUGGGGGCCAGUACUGAAAAGGCCCUGGCCCUAGUUGAGACCAAUCUAACCACCUUGCGACCUGGGACCUCCAAGGUGUUGUCAUUUGGGGACCUUAAGGUCCUCCGCGGGGCAUACCAGGUAAGAUUUUUUAAAAUUACAUUAAGCAGUAUACAAAUUAAAUAAUCAACAAUCAAUACUUUUUACUCUGCCUCAGAGUACGUCACAGAGCACUGGAUGGACGAUGACUUCUUUGGCUACCAGUAUCUGAACGGUGUGAAUCCGGUCGUGAUCAAGAAAUGCCCCGCGAUCCCUGAUAACUUUCCAGUGACCCCAGAGAUGGUGGCUGGGAGCCUGGGGAAAUCGACCAGCCUCCAGGAGGAGCUGAAGGUAAACACUCGUGUUUGAUCAUCGCAAGAGACCACCUGCCCCUUGCAAAACGGUGGAUGGAACUUUGGAUCUGGAAGAGCUGCGUUCAAGUUUCCUGCUUGGCAGGGGGUUGGACUCGAUGGCCCUUGUGGUCUAUUCCAACUCUAUGAUUCUAAGUCCUGCCUUGUUGCUUUGCGGCCUUGAGCAAGCCUUUCAGGCUUGGUUUUCCCUGGUGUAAGACCGAAAUAACAGUGACCUCAGCAAGAUAGCUCAUUUGGUAGAGGAGAAUAAUAAUAAUAAUAAUAAUAAUAAUAAUAAUAAUAACAAUAAUAAUAACAAUAAUAAUAACAAUAAUAAUAAUUAUUAUUUAUUUAUACCCUGCCCUUCCCGGUUCAGAAAACCGGGCUCAACAAAUUUAAAACCCUUACUUGAUGCAACAAAAAACAGCAUAAAAUGCAGUAUAAAACAUGAAUAACAAUAAAUUCAGUAUUCAAAAAUCAAUUUUGGGGAAAAUCCAUCCAAUAAACAUUAGAUGAUCACCAGGGCUAGCUGGCUAAAUUAGUCCUAUUUGGGCCAGUGAGGAGACCAGGGGAGAAUUAGCUGUGGGAUCCCAGAGCGGGUAAUCUUCAUAAAAAGAGGAGGGAAGGAAGGCUCUUAAUCUCCGGGUCACGGGUUCAAGAGCUACGCUGGGUGGAACGUUCUUUCAUAUGUGGUUUACCUGUAAAAGGGUAAAAGAGUAUUGGGAAAUAAUCUAUAAUGAAUUGAAAAAAAAUGUUUAAAAGUACAACCAGAGAGUCCUUUUUGUUGGGGAUAAUUCAGGCGGAAAUUCUCAGGUGUCAAAAAAGGUUAUUUAUAUGUAUGCCACUACUGCGGCCCAUGUUUUGUUAGCCCAAAACUGGAAAAGGAGCAAGAUCCCAACUAAAGAAGAAUGGCAACUUAAGCUGAUGAAAUAUGCUCAGCUUGCAGACUUAACAUAUAGAAUAAGAGAACAAGAAGAAGAUUGGAAAAUGUUUAUCGAAUACAUAGGGGGGGAUUGUGUACAUGUGGAAACGCUGGCAGCAUUAAGAUAAAUUCAACAGUGUAAAUAAGUUUUGAUGGAUGGAAUAAUGGAAUACUGAGUGGUUUAGUUUUUGUAAAAUAUGCAGGGAUUUAUGAUAUGCAAAAUGAACCAUGGAAAGAGAAGAAGGGAAGUCAUUGGUAUUUUAAGGAUGUUUCCAUGAGUAUUCUAAACUGUAAAACAGAAAAAUUAAUAAAAAUUAUAUAUACUGUAUUUUUUCGUGUAUAAGACUAGGUUUCCCCCUUAAAAUAAUGUCAAAAAUUAGGGGGCGACUUAUACACAGAUACAUCUCUCCCCCCCAUUUUCUUAAAUCUGAGUCCCCCAAAAUAAGGGGCGUCUUAUACAUGGGGGCGUCUUAUAGAUGGAAAAAUACGGUAUAUACCCAUGCUGGGCAAAAAGAUUUCUGCUUUGCUGGGGGUUGGACUAGAUGACCAUCAGGGUCCCUUCCAAUUCUAUGAUUCUGCUUACGGUUGGGGAGGGGGAUGCAACACGAAUGUUUUCACUGUAACAGCUAGCUGUAGGAUUGUGAAAUAUACUCAGAUUCGAGAGUGGAUUUCAUGCUCUUUAUUCAGCUCAUAGUGGGGAGGAGGAAUGGAAGUUCCCCCAAAGUAUCUGCUUUAUAUACAUUAUUUACACAAUGGGCCCCAUGUGAUUGGCUAAUUCCGGAAUUCUCCUGUAGGCCAAUCAGGUUGUGGAUUCACUUCCAUCUGGAGCUGGAUUGGGUGGCUCCUGCAGACCAAUCAUACUGCUGCAUUGUUCUAGGACCAAUCAGACUGCUGCAUUCUGAAUCCUAUUGUUCUAGGACCAAUCAGACUGCUGCAUUCUGGAUCCUAUUGUUCUAGGACCAAUCAGACUGCUGCAUUUUGGAUCCUAUUCAACUCAGUAUAUAACUGAUUGAUUCACUGCAUCUCGCUCGACCCGGUCCAUCUCUUUCUUCUCCUCUCCCACAGAAAGGAAACAUCUUCAUCACCGACUACAAGAUCCUCGAGGGCAUCCCCACCUGCAAACUGAACGGGAAGCGCCAGUAUCUGGCAGCCCCCCUCUGCCUGCUGCACCUAAACCCCAAAGGCCAGAUGAUGCCCUUAGCCAUUCAGGUAACAGGAGGCUUCUCGCUUGUUGCAUCCUGACCCAAAAGCUAUCUGCGCAGGACUGGGAGCAUUGUGAAUAAUAAUAAUAAUAAUAAUAAUAAUAAUAAUAAUAAUUUAUUAUUUAUACCCCGCCCAUCUGGCUGAGCUUCCCCACCCACUCUCGGCGGCUUCCAAAAGAAUAUUAAAAUACUGUGAUACAUCAAACAUUAAAAGCUUCCCUAAACAGGGCUGCCUUCAGAUGUCUUCUAAAAGUCUGGUAGUUGUUGUUCUCUUUGACAUCUGGUGGGAGGGCAUUCCACAGGGCGGGGGCCACCACCAAGAAGGCCCUCUGCCUGGUUCCCUGUAACUUGGCUUCUCGCAGUGAGGGAACCGCCAGAAGGCCCUCGGAGCUGGACCUCCGUGUCCGGGUAGAACGAUGGGGGUGGAGACGCUCCUUCGGGUAUACUGAAUGUCCUUGCGGCGGGUGGCAGAUCCACCAGAUCACCCUUGGGGCACCCCGGCUAAACGUUGGAAGCCAGCCCAGACACCGAUUCUGAGUUUACACCGUGCUUUUACAUCCUUCAAGCUAGACAGGUCUAACCUGGAGGAUUUGCCGGCAUCCCUCUGUCUCAGGAGACAAUGGAGGAGCACGAUUUUGGGGGUGGAGUCAAACUGUUGGGGAGUUACGGCGCCUGCUGUGGCUGGAGAGACCGAUGCGGGAGAGACAUGUUUUGUGGCAGCCGGGGCAGAGGAAGGGGUCCAGUUAUGGGGGGUCAGAGGAGGGGCGGUACCUCUGGCUGAGGACAUGUGGUGCUCCUUCUGGGGCUAAUAAAUAAUAAUAAUAAUAAUACAGUGGUACCUCGGGUUACAGAUGCUUCAGGUUACAGACGCUUCAGGUUACAGACUCCACUAACCCAGAAAUAGUAUCUCGGGUUAAGAACUUGGCUUAAGGGUGAGAGCAGGAAUCAUGCAGCGGCAGCAGAGGGAGGCCCCAUUAGCUAAAGUGGUACCUCAGGUUAAGAACAGUUUCAGGUUAAGAGCGGACCUCCAGAACGAAUUAAGUUCUUAACCCGAGGUACCACUGUAGUAAUCAUCACCAUCAUCAUCAUUUUAUUUAUACCCUGCCCAUCUGGACUGCUUCCAACAAAAUAUUAAAAACACAAUAAAACACCAGAAAUUAAAAAACUUCCCUGAACAGGGCUGCCUUCAGAUGUCUUCUAAAAGUCAGAUAGUUGUUUAUUUCCUUGACAUCUGGCAGGAGGGCAUUCCACAGGGUGGGGGCCACCACCAAGAAGGCCCUCUGCCUGGUUCCCUCAAGCUUCACUUCUCACAGUGAGGGAACUGCCAGGAGGCCCUCGGAGCUGGACCUCCGUGUCCAGGCUGAAUGAUGGGGGUAGAGACGCUCCUUCAGGGAUACAGUGGCUACACCCCAGAUAACAGCCUAACCCUGACAGCACAGAAAAUAAGGCAGUUUUAAUGCAUGUAACAAUUAUGCAAAAAAGUACACUAAGAUGUCACAGAUUAAAAACUUCCUGAACAGGGCUGCCUUAAGAUGUCUUCUGAAUGUCAGGUAGUUGUUUAUCUUUUUGACAUCUGAAGGGAGGGUGUUCCACAGGGCGGGCGCCACUACUGAGAAGGCCCUCUGCCUGGUUCCCUGUAGCUUUGCUUCUCGCAAUGAGGGAACCGCCAGAAGGCCCUCAGCGCUGGACCUCAGCAUCCGGGCAGAACGAUGGGGUUGGAGACGCUCCUUCAGGUAUACUGGGCCUUUGAGGCCGUUUAGGGCUUUAAAGUUCAACACCAACACUUUGAAUUGUGCUCGGAAACGUACUGGGAGCCAGUGUAGGUCUUUCAGGACUGGUGUUAUGUGGUCUCAGCGGCCGCCCCCAGUCACCAGUUUAGCAGCCGCAUUCUGGAUUAAUUGUAGUUUCCGGAUCACCUUCAAAGGUAGCCCCACAUAAAGCGCAUUGCAAUAGUCUAAGCGGGAGAUAACUAGAGCAUACACCACUCUGGUGAGACAGUCUGCAGGCAGAUACGGUCUCAUCCUGCGUACCAGAUGGAGCUGGUAGACAGCUGCCCUGGACACAGAACUGACCUGCCCCUCCAUGGACAGCUGUGUGUCCAAAAUGACUCCCAGGCUGCGCACCUGGUCCUUCAGGGGCACAGUUGCCCCAUUCAGGACUAAGGAGUCCUCCACACCAGCCCACCCCCUGUCCCCCAAGAACAGUACUUCUGUCUUGUCAGGAUUCAACCUCAAUCCAUUCAUUUAUUACCCUCCCUUCCCCCUAGGGAAGCCCUCUCCUCCCCCAUGGAGCUGUUGGCGUCUUCGAUUCCUGCAUUGCAGGGGGUUGGACUAGAUGACCCCUGGGGUCCCUUCCAGCGUUACGAAUCUAUGAUUCCUCCUGCCGCUUGCUGUCCUCUGCUGGCAGUUCCCGACUUUGCAGGUGUCUAUAAAACAGGACAACGUCCUCUCUGAUCUCCUCCUCUCCCUGGUUCUUUCCCGGUAGCUUAACCAGACCCCAGGCCCGGAGAACCCAAUUUUCUUGCCCACUGACUCCAAGUGGGACUGGACGCUUGCCAAGAUCUGGGUGAGGAUGUCUAAUUUCCACGUCCACGAGGUCAACACCCACCUCCUUGAAGCGCACUUCCAUUGUGAGGUCUACAGCAUGGCCACCCUUCGCCAGCUGCCAAUGUGUCACCCUCUGUACAAGGUAAGGGGUCUUGAGGGGAAGGUUUCCCAGCAGGUGGUCAGACAUGGUGGCGCCCUCUGCGAUGGGGGCCUGUUAACAGCUGAACAACCUGGGGCCUUACUAGUGUCAUGUGAAUUCUAAGGUCUCACAUAUACAGUAGUACCUCGGGUUACAGACGCUUCAGGUUACAUACGCUUCAGGUUACAGACUCCGCUAACCCAGAAAUAGUACCUCGGGUUAAGAACUUUGCUUCAGGAUGAGAACAGAAAUCGUGCUCCGGCGGCGCGGCAGCAGCAGCAGGAGGCCCCAUUAGCUAAAGUGGUGCUUCAGGUUACGCCUAUGUUACAACGCUGAGCAUGGGUGCUACAAUUUAAGAAGGAUGUUGACCAGCUGGGAGGAGGGCACAGAGCAAGAAUUUGAGGCGGGGGAGACGGGUGGGCUGGGCUGAAUGUGGGUAAACGAAGAGGGGGUGUGCAGGAAGGACAAGACACUCGAUAGCGUUCUGACAGGUCCAGCAGCCAGGGUAUCUCUCUGGCCAGGAGAUCCUGGACCCCACCUGGGGGGUCAUCCAGACAUCCUUAGGCAGCCCCCUUCUCUUGAGCGUGAAAUGGAUCUUUAGGCUGACUCUAACCAUGCUUUCUAUCUGGCACCGGGGCCAAAACAGCUGUCACAGAUCUAUCCUGCUGUCCCCAGCAUCCAAGCAUAGACCCCGGGGGAUCCCAGAGUUAUCUUGGGGAAACCUGACCCCCCCCCUUUAGACUGACAGCACAGGCGGGUCGCAGCCCGAUCCAAGGUGGGUCGCAACAGGAGCACCUGGCAAAUACAAUGGUACCUCAGGUUACAUACGCUUCAGGUUACAGACUCCGCUAACCCAGAAAUAUUACCUCGGGUUAAGAACAUUGCUUCAGGAUGAGAACAGAAAUCGUGCUCCGGCGGCGCGACGGCAGCAGGAGGCCCCAUUAGCUAAAGUGGUGCCUCAAGUUAAGCCUAUGUUACAACGCUGAGCAUGGGUGCUACAAUUUAAGAAGGACGUUGACCAGCUGGGAGGUGCGCAGAGGAGGGCAACCAAAAUGAUGAGGGGUCUGGAAACCAAGCCUGAUGAGGAACGGUUGAAGGAGCUGGAUAUGUUUAGCCUGGAAAAGAGGAGACUGAGAGGAUAUACGAUAGCCAUCUUUAGAUAUCCAAAGGGCUUGUCACAUGGAGGAUGGAGCAAGCUUGUUUUCUCCUGCUCCAGAGUACAGGACUCGAACCCAUGGCUUCAAGAUACAAGGAAGGAGAUUCCGACUCCACAUCAGGAAGAACUUUCUGGCAGUAAGAGCAGUUUGACAGUGGAAUGGUCUCCUUCGGGAGGUGGUGGUCUCUUCUUCCCUGGAGGUUUUUAAGCAGAGGCAAGAUGGCCCUCUGCCAUGGAUGCUUUAGUUGAGAUUCCUGCUUUGAUUCUUUGAUUUAUGUGUGAAUUGGAACAGAUGCAUAACCUAGCAGAAAAUGGCAGAAAUAUGACAAGAAAUGUGAGAACCUGAAAUGUUUGCAUUUGAGUGUGUGGAGGAUAUCAGGAGCAUAGCUGUCAAGCGUCCCUUAUUUGGAGGAACAGUCCCUUAUCCCAGCGCCAUGUCCCGCUGCUGUCCCUUAUUGAUGAUGUCCCUUAAAUUUCCCAGGUUUCAAAGGAAGCAGCUCCUCUCCCUCCCUCCCUGCCGGCCAGGGAGGAGGGAGGCUCCAACUGUGUUGCUUGGCUGCGUUGCUCACCCAAUAAGGAGUCUGAGAACGACUGGGGGGUGGAGCUUGCAUGCCUUGUGCCAAUCAAAUCAGCCGCGUUGCCUGGGGACUCGCCUUUGCUCAGCGCUUCCCAGCGGAGAGGUGACGGUGGUUUUCCUUGCUGCAUCCCCUUUGCCAGGUUGCUGCAGCGGGAACCACUGCUUGAGGCUUCGUUUGGCUGCUGGCUGGGCUUUCUGCCUUUGGCUCGGAGGGGCUCAGAAGUUGAACAUAGCUGUGCUUAGAAAAUCCCUUAUUUUGGCUGCUGAUCCCUUAUUUUCGAGGCUGCUGGUCCCUUAUUUUCAAAUCUGUAAGUUGACAGCUAUGGUCAGGAGACGCUUCCCUUCCCGUCUUAAACCCGUGUUUCUUCUCCUCCUCUCUUUCUCACAGCUCCUGAUACCCCACACUCGUUAUACUCUGCACAUCAACACCCUUGCCCGUACCAGUCUUAUACAACCAGGAGGGGUAUUUGAUCAGGUAAGAGAGGUUUGCAACAGGAGGAGAAAGUCCUGGGUCCUGGUCCCACAUCAGAUGUCUAGCUAGCGGCCAAAAACACCCCCCAUAAAUUGGGAUCUGGGCUGGGGUGGGUGGCUGGAGCUGGGCUGAGACCCCUUAACGCGUCGGGAUGGGUUUGUGUCCAAAAUUAUGCUUAUGGGACAUGGCAGCUGAGGGACAGCUGGGCGUCCCAGGUAGGCUGCCACAGAUGUAGGAAGAAGAGUCAGAAAAAGCUGCAUCCUGGUGGACAGGAAGUGCCACCAUGUUGGCAGGAAGUCAGUGGAAUGUCCAGGUCCUUCAGAGAUGGAAACCCGCAAUAACAGUCACAGCCGUUACACAAAUUUUAAGGUGCACACAGAGGGAGCGUACACUCCACAGAAAACCAACCCUCCCACCGUCAAAAUUAGGAAAUAUCCGUUCCGCCAAUAGACACGUUAUCUGAGUUCACAGAGCAAUCCUGAAGCCAUCUUGACUCUCUUAACGACUCCAGAUAUGUCAUCUGAAGUAGACGCGUCUUGGGGAAAUCUUUCCCAAUAGUUCUUUUCACUUGCAGAACCCUCCAAAUCCUGUACAGGAACGUUCGAAAACCGGAAUACUUACUUCCGGAUUUUUGGCAUUCAGGAACUGAAACGUUUGGCAACGGAGCCAUUCGAGUUCCGAGGUUUGACUGUAAAUGGAUAAACCUCUCACAUGAAUGGGGUAGGUCUGUGACAAUGGAUUCAAGAACUAAGAUAUUAACCAUCCCGAAAGAAUGGCCCAAACUGGACAGGAAGAGGCAUUCAGCAAGCAUCUUAGGGUAUUUUGGCAGGAGACAAGCAAUACUCUCAAAUUUCUGUUGUAGACCGCCUCUUACUGUGAAACGGGUAUGACUAAGGGGUUGGGUAAUUUCUAAAAUCUUUACAAGCGGUUACACACUUUUGCGCUGGGUCCAGUGCCGUAUAAGUUAAACAAGCUAUUGAUUAGGGCCCCACUCUCUUGGGGGCCCCAAAAAAUUUAAAGAAGAAAAAAACCUGGAUGUACAUUUUCAAAAUAUAAAAUAAAAAACAAAUAAAACAAAACCUACAUACAGCAACAGUGCUGUGUGUUGUGUAGGCUCCUAUGAUGUAAGUCAUGGGCCCCGCCUGCUAGCCUGCUCCCUAAAAUAUCACUGGUUUGCUCAUUUCUAUAUAUAGGGUGCCUACAUUCUGCAUGUAUGAAUGGCUUUAGAUACCUAUUAGGUCUGUAAACGACCAUAUAGCAUAUAUUCAACACAAAAAACAGGGACAAUUUGUUGUUGACAAAGGACAGCUGGACAUAUAAAGGGCCCCAUUACCUUCAGCAGCUGAGGGCCUCAUCGAACCUAAAUCCGGCCUUGUCCGGGUCAUCACCUCCCUGCAAGGGGGAGGAGGGACGACCCUGUUGCAACAGAAAAAUAAAGAUCUCCUUGCUUUGACUAGUUCCUGCCUCCACCCGUCCUUCUCUGACCGAUCAUGGACUGGAUACUGAGUCCCUUGGAGGAGAUGGGCUGUAAAAGCCAACUCCAAAUUUGCCCCAGCCGAUCCGGAUACCAGGCUGGGAGCUAAUCACGGUUCUGGAAACGCAGGAAUGAGCAGCGAAGGCCUGCCAAAAAUCUGAGGGUCCCAUAAAUGGAGCCCAAAAGCAGAGUUUUCAUUUUGCAACAGUGGGAGCAAAGAGUAGUCCAGUCGGUUGGUCCCAUCGAUUCUCAUCAGUUGGGGCUUUCAGGCAGUUUUCACCACCCACUUGGCACCCUUUAGGCACUUUGGACGGCAGUUCUCAGCUGAGCUCAGGGCUUCUGGUUGGCUGUGUCUGCCCGCAAGUGCUUCCAGUUAGUGGGAAUCUGCCUUUAUUUAUUUUUUAGUUUUUUAUUUAUACUUUUCAAAUGUAUACAUUUCAGUAGUUUCACAAUCCAUUUAAGGUUUCAAAGUUUGACUUCCUUCCCCCUCUUUCUGCGGUUCCUUAAAUUUAUUUUUUUUAAUAUCUUCUGCAUAUCCAAAUUCAUUUAAUUCGCUCCUUUAAUUAUCUAUUUUAAAUAUAAACUCUUACGAAACUGCAGGUUAUUACAAUAAUCCUGCCAAUGUUUUUAUCUGUUUGCAAUCUUAUCUGCAAAUAUUCAGUGAACCAUUUCCAUUCUUUUAUUAAAAGUUUUUUAUCUUGAUUUCUUAUUCUUCUGGUAAGUUCUGCCAUUUUUCUGCAUAUUCCAAAAGUUUUUGUAUCCAUUCUUCCUUUACUGCGACUUCUGCUUCUUUCCACUUCGGGGCAAGUACAGUGGUGCCUCGGGUUACAGAUGCUUCAGGUUACAGACGCUUCAGGUUACAGACUCCACUAACCCAGAAAUAGUACUUCAGGUUAAGAACUUUGCUUCAGGAUGAGAACAGAAAUUGUGCGGUGGCAGCAGGGGGCCCCAUUAGCUAAAGUGGUACCUCAGGUUAAGAACAGUUUCAGGUUAGGAACGGACCUCCAGAACGAAUUAAGUUCUUAACCCGAGGUAACACUGUACCAUUCUUGCUGCUGUUGUAGCAUGCAUAAAUAAAUUUCUAUACAGUGGUACCUCGGGUUAAGUACUUAAUUCGUUCCGGAGGUCCGUUCUUAACCUGAAACUGUUCUUAACCUGAAGCACCGCUUUAGCUAAUGGGGCCUCCUGCUGCUGCCAUGCCGCCGGAGCACAAUUUCUGUUCUCAUCCUGAAGCAAAGUUCUUAACCAGAGGUACGGAGUAACCUGAAGCGUCUGUAACCUGAAACGUCUGUAACCCGAGGUACCUCUGUACAAUUCCCCAGAGUGAAUCUGCCUUUGUGAUCCUUGCAUUUCACCCCCUGUUGGACUGCAGGCAACAGCGACAGGACGGGACGGGAUGAUAAAACUGCUUGCGAAAGGUGUGGAGGCCUCUACCUACAGCUCCCUCUGCCUCCCGGAUGACCUGCAAGAAAGAGGAGUCGCCUCCUUGCCCAAUUACUACUACAGGGACGAUGGGAUGAAGAUUUGGAAGGCCAUAGAGACGUGAGCCUUUGCGGGUUGGGGGCUGGGAUCUGGGCACAGAAGGGGCUGGUUGUGUAUACCUGAAGGAGCGUCUCCACCCCCAUCGUUCUGCCUGGAGACUGAGGUCCAGCUCCAAGGGCCUUCAGGCAGUUCCCUCAUUGCAAGAAGCAAAGCUACAGCGAACCAGGCAGAGGGCCUUCUCUGUGGUGGCACCCGCCCUGUGGAAUGCCCUCCCAUCAGAUGUCAAAGAGAUAAACAACUACCUGACAUUCAGAAGACAUCUGAAGGCAGCCCUGUUUGGGGAAGCUUUUAAUGUAUUUAUUGUGUAUUUAAUUUUCUGUUGGAAGCUGCCCAGAGUGGCUGGGGAAACCCAGCCAGAUGGGUGGGGUAAUAAUAAUAAUAAUAAUAAUAAUAAUAAUAAUAAUAAUUUAAAAAACAACAACUGUCUGAUGGUUCUUAUGACCAGGAAGUUCUUCCUAAUGUAGCAAAAUGAGGAAGGUAGGUUCGGAAGCAGCAGAAACAAGGAGAAUAUUAGAGACAAAUUGCACGAUUAAAGUUUUUCUGGGUCCGAUUCAAAUCCCAAAGCAAUCUAUUCACGCGCUCUGCCCCCGCAAAUAAACACUGAAACAGAGGGAAAUGACAGAUGGCCUCAUUCUCUGAGAAGGGAAAGGAAGUAGUUAACUGUGGAAAGCAAAUUAGGUAUUAAAAUCACAUUCCUCCCCCCCACACACACCUUUUUAGAUUUGUUUCGACUAGUUCAGCUUAAGUGAUUGCCUUCAGCAAAAGCUGGAAGGUAGAUCUGCUCUUAAUUAAGGAUCAAGGGUGAUGAUUAAGAUGAGAGCAGGUGUUAGGCUUGAAACGAGGCCAAAACCUCCAGCCAAUUUGAAAGGAAUCUCUGUUAAAGCCUUUUCCCUGAGAUGGUCUGGGAGAAAGUUUGGUGAGAAGGUGUUCUGGGUGAGGGAAAAGCUCAGUCAGUGGGGCACGAGAACCUUAAGCUCAGGGUUGUGGGUUUGUGCCCCACGUUGGACGAAAGAUUCCUGUGUUGCAGCGGGGUUGGACUAGAUGACCCUCGCGCCCCAUUCCAACUCUACAAUUUUCUGACUUUCUGGUGCUCUCUUAGGGCUCCCUGUUGCCGCUAGUUUCCCCUACUGCCAGGGUCCCUGUGCCUCUAAAAUGCACAUGAAAGACAGAAAAUCAACAGGCGGAGCUUUCCUUAGCCCACACUACUGCUUGUCCGCCAGGAAAACCAACCCUUUACUGUUGAACCAGACCAUGUGUCAAAUUCCCAUGUGCUGCGCCAAUUUCCUCCCAUUGGUUCAUGAAUAUCUCGAAUUCUUCCACUUUCCAGGUUUGUCUCUGGAAUCGUCGGUCUCUACUACAAAUGUAACUCAUCUGUCAAGGGCGACCCCGAACUGCAAGCCUGGGUUCAUGAGAUCUUCACUGAAGCUUUCCUGGGCAGGAAUGAAUCAGGUAACCUUCCUCUUUGUGUCCAACUAGUUUGAAAUAUACUCAGAGUCGAGAGUGGAUUUCAUGCUCUUUAUUCAGCUCAUAGUGGUGAGGAGGAAUGGAAGUUCCCCCAGAAUGUCUGCUUUAUAUACAUUAUUUACACAAUGGGCCCCACAUGAUUGGCUAAUUCUGGGAUUCUCCUGUAGGCCAAUCAGGUUGCGGAUUCACUUCCACCUGGAGCUGGAUUGGGUGGCUCCUGGGGACCAAUCAGACUGCUGCAUUCGGGAUCCUAUUGUUCUAGGACCAAUCAGACUGCUGCAUUCUGAAUCCUGUUGUUCUAGGACCCAAUCAGACUGCUGCAUUUUGGAUCCUAUUCAACUCAGUACAUAACAUAGUUCAUGGUCCCUUUAUUGGGCAAGACAGGACAAUGGUCCAAGAAGCCGGGCCUGAAACAGGAAGUGCCUCACUAGCCAGAAAAGGGUGAUCGCCAUGGGCACCCCCCAGUUGCGCCCCCAGGUCUUCCUGGCGAAGGAAGGGGGAGAAGGAACUUUGUGGUUUCUGGUAUAAGAAAAAACUACUCCUUUCCCCUUAAUGGGGUACACAAGAGUCCGUAGAGAGUCCUUAUGUAGGUUCUCUAUCGGUAGGAGAAAAUAACAGAGGCCAACCAGAGAAUAUUGAGAAGCAAAGCAGCUAGUAAGCCUGAUCUUUUUUCAAGGAACUGUUGCAGCAGGGUCCACGCUCACCACACGCAGGAGGGAGGAGAACCCUGAACAAUGGUGCGCAAGCCCUUGUAUAGACUCUUGAAAUUGCCCACCCUGUGGCCCAAGACAUCAUGCAUACAUCACAGAAGGAGGCAGUCUACAGCAGAAUCCUGUCUGGCAGGAAACCUGUUAAUGGGUUUACCUGGACAGCCCGGACAUUCUUUUGUGAUGGUAAAUACUUAAUUCCUGAGCCCAGGUCACAGGCUCACCUUUGUUGUUGUUUAGUCGUUUAGUCGUGUCCAACUCUUCGUGACCCCCUGGACCAGAGCACACCAGGCACUCCUGUCUUCCACUGCCUCCCGCAGUUUGGUCAGACUCAUGCUGGUAGCUUCGAGAACACUGUCCCACCAUCUCGUCCUCCGUCGUCCCCUUCUCCUUGUGCCCUCCAUCUUUCCCAACAUCAGGGUCUUUUCCAGGGAGUCUUCUCUUCUCAUGAGGGGGCCAAAGUAUUGGAGCCUCAGAUUCAGGAUCUGUCCUUCCAGUGAGCACUCAGGGCCAGCGGCGUAGCGUGGGUUGUCAGCACCCAGGGCAAGGCAAGUAAUUUGCGCCCCCUAACCCGGGGGAAGGCAAGUAAUUUGCGCCCCCUAACCCCUAACCUGCCGCCGCUGCCAGCUUCUUCUUGCUGCUGCCUGGGCUGGUCUGGUGUGGUUCUCUCCCGCGCUCAGUGCUGCGCUGGGCGGCCGCUGCACUGUCCCUCCCCCAGAUAGUCCCUCACUCUCUCUCCGCACCGCACGCCUGGCACCCACCCCCUCCACAGUGGGUGGCGACCCAGCGGCUUGGAUCGGAUUCGCACAGCCAGCACUGCAGUGAGAGAGAGUGAGUGAGCCAGGUAGGGGCAGAGAGCUGCGAGUGCGAGCGCGCCCCCCCAGAUGUUGCGCCCGGUGCGGCCGGCACCCCCUGCACCCCCCACGCUACGCCACUGCUCAGGGCCAAUUUCCUUAAGAAUGGAGAGGUUUGAUCUUCUUGCAGUCCAUGGGACUCUCAAGAGUCUCCUCCAGCACCAGAAUUCAAAAGCAUCAAUUCUUUGGCGAUCAGAAGAAGAAGAAGAAGAAGAAGAAGAAGAAGAAGAAGAAGAAGAAGAGGAGAAGAGUUUGGAUUUGAUAUCCCGCCUUUCACUCCCCUUCAGGAGUCUCAAAGCGGCUCACAUUCUCCUUUUCCCUUCCUCCCCCACAACAAACACUCUGUGAGGUGAGUGGGGCUGAGAGACUUCAAAGAAGUGUGACUGGCCCAAGGUCACCCAGCAGCUGCAUGUGGAGGAGUGGGGAAGCGAACCCGGUUCCCCAGAUUACGAGACUCUUAACCACUACAUCAGCCUUCUUUAUGGUCCAGCUCUCACUUCCAUACAUCACUACUGGCUCACCCUAUUCAUACCCAAAUGUGCCCAUAAGGCAGGAUUUGUGAGCACACAGACAAUGGGGAGACUUUUCCCGUUUCCAUCCAAACUGCAGAGGAAUAUUUGAGGUCACUGAAAGAGUCAAAAUGGCUUUAGGACUGUUUUCCUGUACUGUUUCAGACAUGUGGUUUAUAUAUUUAUGUAUGUGUUUGCCUGGUACAUUUAAGAACAUUUAUUUUAUAUCUUAGAGCUUAUAAUUCUCAUAACAGUUGCCGAGCAGUUACAGGACUUUGCUUUGAAGUCAUCGCCACCUACAAACUUCCCCUCCCUCCCUUUCAUCCCAUUUCCUCUCCCACAAUCCCCUCUGCUCCAUCACAUCUCUAACCAUAGACAGAACUGCCCACACACCAUCCCUAUAGGACAUGGCUUCAUGUUGCAGAAUAGCUUAAACUUCCUGUCCGUCCCAACAGGCGUUCCUUCCACCUUGGAAAACAAAGCUGAGCUCAUCAAGUUCCUCACCAUGAUCAUCUUCUGCUCCUCUGCAAGGCAUGCUGCUGUCAACAGCGGACAGGUAUGUGACCUCACCUGAUCCUCUUUCUCCCCAUCCCUUUCCUUAAACCCAAUUCUGAAUUAGACUGUGUCUGUUUCCCUGUGGUGGCAAUACGUCCAGCGCAAGGGUGAGAGGCAAAAUUUCAAGGAGCUGCAAGAGUGUGCAUGAGUCUUCUCUUCUCAUGUCCAACCAUCUCGUCCUCUGUCAUCCCCUUCUCCUUGUGCCCUCCAUAUUUCCCAACAUCAGGGUCUUUUCCAGGGAGUCUUCUCUUCUCAUGAGGAGGCCAAAGUCUUGGAGCCUCAGCUUCAGGAUCCGUCCUUCCAGUGAGCACUCAGGGCUGAUUUCCUUCAGAAUGGAGAGGUUUGAUCUUCUUGCAGUCCAUGGGACUCUCAAGAGUCUCCUCCAACACCAUAAUUCAAAAGCAUCCAUUCUUCGGCGAUCAGCCUUCUUGAUGGUCCAGCUCUCACUUCCAUACAUCAUUACUGGGAAAACCAGAGCUUUGACUAUACGGACCUUUGUCCGCAAGGUGAUGUCUCUGCUUUUUAAGAUGCUGUCUAGGUUUGUCAUUGCUUUUCUCCCAAGAAGCAGGCGUCUUUUAAUUUUGUGACUGCUGUCACCAUCUGCAGUGAUCAAAACGUAUGUAGAUUCUGCCAAAGACAUCAUUUUGCCCUCUGAAGAAAUGGGGCCACAAUCAGACCAGGCUGGGUAAAACACACCCACAACCGGUCUCUGUGGCGCAUGACAAAUUCCCACACCGAUUCUUUUAUCAUUGGGUUUCUCACCUGCUCUUUCCUGAACUCCACCUAUUUUCUCCCACCUCCUUGACGCUGCCAUUUUUUCUCCCGCGCGACAGUUUGAUUUCGCCGCCUGGAUGCCCAACACGCCGGCCACCUUGCGCCAGCCCCCGCCCAAGGUGAAGGGCUCUGCGACUUUGGAGAGCAUCUUGGCCACGCUUCCUGAAGUCAACUCCUCCUGCGCUCUGCUGACGCUGCUCUCCAUCGUGAGCUAUGAGCCGGGCGACCUGGUGAGUGUGCUGGGGGCAGAGCGAAGGGAAAGGAGAAGCAGGGAGCGACUGAGAUAAAAUGCAGUGAUUAAAUGGUUUUUAAUCAAGGGACGCGGGUGGCGCUGUGGGUUAAACCACAGAGCCUAGGACUUGCCGCUCAGAAGGUUGGCAGUUCGAAUCCCCGCUACGGGGUGAGCUCCCGUUGCUCGGUCCCUGCUCCUGCCAACCUAGCAGUUCGAAAGCACGUCAAAGUGCAAGUAGAUAAAUAGUGCAAGUAGAUAAAUAGGUACCACUCCAACGGGAAGGUAAACAGUGUUUCCGUGCGCUGCUCUGGUUCGCCAGAGGCGGCUUAGUCAUGCUGGCCACAUGACCCGGAAGCUGUACGCCGGCUCCUUCGGCCAAUAAAGCAAGAUGAGCUCCGCAACCCCGGAGUCGGCCACGACUGGACCUAAUGGUCAGGGGUCCCUUUACCUUUAAUCAGGGAAUCAGAGCCUGCAAAGCUAAAUUAGACGGUCGGCGUAGAUAAACAAUGUUCAAAAUGGGGCUUCCAUGCUAGGACUAAGGCCACAAGGGGCUGGAAGUGGAAUUAUCAUGGCAGUUCCAUGUUCCCCCUAAUAUAAUGCUACACAGAAUUGCACAGUUGAGAGGGAUCCCAAAGAUCAUCUAGUCCAACCCCCUGAGGAAUAUUAUCCAACAACGCCCAUCCCAGUGGCCAUGACCUUGCUAUAUCUCCUCACCAGUAGGUUUGAUGAGGUCCUAAGCUACUGAAGGUAAUGGGGCCCUUUCUAUGUCCAGCUGUCCUUUGUCAACAACAAAUUGUUCCUGUUUUUUGUGUUGAAUAUAUGCUAUAUGGUCAUUUAUGGACCUAAUAGGUAUCAAAAGCCAUUUUCACAUAACAAAAUAUGUAUUUUAUCAAAGUAAUUGCUGAACUGAAAUACAGUUAAGAAGAAGUAUAUUAAUAGUGAAAUAAUGAUUAAGCUCUAACUUAAAAUGAUUUUUUAUUCAUAACAAACUUAAUAAUGCAAACACAUUGGCAUUUGGCAAUAAAAAAAGUUCCUUUAGAAACACCAUUUACAAAGACUCAUAAUCUAGUCUCUAGAAACUUGCUGAAAUAAUAAUAGAUGUAAAUAUAUGACGCAAACUACUAACAAUUAUAAAUAGCAGAAUGUAGGCACCCUAUACAUAGAAAUGAGCAAACCAGCGAUAUUUUAGGGAGCAGGCUAGCAGGCAGGGCCCAUUACUUACAUCAUAGGAGCCUACACAACACAAAACACUGUUGCUGUAAAGAUAAAGGGUAAAGGGACCCCUGACCAUUAGGUCCAGUUGUGGCUGACUCUGGGGUUGCGGCGCUCAUCUCGCUUUACUGGCCAAGGGAGCCGGCGUACAGCUUCCGGGUCAUGUGGCCAGCAGGACUAAGCCACUUCUGGCUAACCAGAGCAGCGCACGGAAACGCCGUUUCUGUAUGUAGGUUUUAUUUCAUUUGUUUUUUAUCUUAUAUUUUGAAAAUGUACAUCCAGGUUUUUUUCCUUUAAUUUUUUUGGGGAACCCCCAAGAGAGUGGGGCCCUAAACUAUAGCAUGUUUAGCUUAUACGUAAACCCGGCACUGAGGGGGUGGCAUAUAGAGAGAAAGGGGGGUGACCGAAGGCCCGUUCACAUGGUGGACUGAACCCAGGUCAGCUGUCUUCAUGCAUGUUUGUGCGCCCAUUUGUUGAAUGUAAUGUGUGAACAGCCCUUGAGAGGAAGCAGGGUGACAAAAACAGAGCAGCCACAUGCCUAUCUUUGCUUCAGCCCCUGCCAAUAUGUGGCCCUGGGCAGGCUAACUUUGGGUCAGUGUGGCCAUUGACUGGGAAAAAAGGUUGCCUUCCUUUUUCCUUUUUCCUUUUGGACCAGUGCGGUCAAUACUGUGCUAGCUGAGCCAGGGGUCCAGGUAAGGCCUGCCUAUCAUGUUCCUGGUAAUAUGUACUCCACAAUUUUCUUUCUCUCAGAGACCCCUGGGCUACUACCCUGAGGAACAUUUCACAGAGGAAGCACCGAGGAAGCUUAUCGCCGCCUUCCAGGAACGCCUGGCCGAGAUCUCGAAGGAAAUUGAGGCCAGGAACAAGACCCUUCCCAUCGGGUACCUCUACAUGAAUCCAGCCGAAGCCCAGAACAGCGUCUCCAUCUAACCUCCAUCUCUCACGCAUCUUUUGCAAGCCGGAAAAGGGCUUCCCUCACGACUGCUGACUUGGAAGGCCAGAGCAGGAAGCCAAAUGUCUGCAGUCUGAAUAUAUUAUCAUUUAAAAAAAGACUCAAGAGCUGCUUAAUUUGCAAUUUGCUGAUUUCACGAAAGGGGGUGGUGGUUGAGCGGCAGGGGUGCAAAGCAGUUUAGGUCAGGCACCCCCAAACUCGGCCCUCCAGCUGUUUUGGGACUACAACUCCCAUCAUCCCUAGCUAACAGGACCAGUGGUCAGGGAUGAUGGGAAUUGUAGUCCCAAAACAGCUGAAGGGAUGCCUGGUUUAGGUGAUAUCAGUGAAAGGUUUUUGCAAUAGGUGGUACACGAAAUCUCUGCUCUUUGAUUCCUGGAAGCCGAGCCCAGGUUGGUUCUGAACAUUUACUUCCAUCGCUGCUCAAACCUUUCCCAGUUUUGUUUCAUGAGGACUAGGCGCUUUUCCUUUUUAGGCAAAUGUAAAAGUCUCCUGGGUCAGCACAACAUUCUGCACGGCACAGAGAAGAAUGGAGUAACAUCUAAGCCCUCUGCCCCUUCCUGCAACCUUCACAUUUUGGGGUGCUUUUAUUCCUCUUUAGGGUGGGCUUAAUUCCUUGGUGUCCUUUAAAAAAAUUUGACAUGUCUGCUUACAGAAAUGUGGGGGAAACCGAUGGAAAACUUUUUAAAACAUUCUAGUGUUACAAAGUUUUCAUUUCGAUUUAUCUGUUUCCGCUCCUUCAUCUGCUUGUUUUGCCUGCAGGAUGCACAGUACUAACGUGGCUUCGUACUAAUAAACGUGUCAAGAUGCUAAUGUGCCUUUUGGAAUGGUGGCUAUAAAACAAGUUUCCCACAAUAAAGACUUCCCAGGAAGGAUGCCCAAA